CAAAUUACCAAGAAACAAAAGCAAAAACAAGCAAAAUGCGCCUCAAGUCCAAAUAUUUGUUGUUAUUGUUUCUCAAACUUGUAAACAACAUUUGAAAAAAUAUUAAAUUUCCAUCAAAUUCUACUUUAAUUAAUUAAAUUAGCGUUAAAUACAAUAUCUAUCAAGUAUGGAGAAUGAAAAGGAGGUAAAAGUGCAUACAGCGGACGUGAUUGUUGCUGAGAAUUAUCAAUUCACAAAGUUCCUGUUGUCUGAAAAACUAUUAAAAGCAUUAAACGAGAUGAAUUACUUUAAACCAUCCCCAAUACAGUUGAAGAUCAUUCCAUUAGCAAGAAGCAGGCUUGACAUGAUAAUUCAAUCAAAAUCCGGCACCGGAAAGACACUGUCAUUCUCAAUUUGCUUACUUGAGACAUACGAUGAAGAUUUAAAGUUCCCACAAGCCCUAAUUAUAGUUCCAACAAGAGAAAUUGCGGUUCAAAUCACAAAUACUCUUAAUGGGCUAGGAAAAUACAUGAAAUACUUUAAGGCUUGUGAAUUUAUUGGAGGAACUGACUUGAAAAAUGACAGAAAAAAGAUCCAGACAGCAAAAAUUGUCGUUGGAACGCCAGGCAGAGUACUUCAUUUAAUUAAAAACGAGAUAUUUAACGUAAGUAAUAUUAAAGCCAUUGUAUUUGAUGAAGCUGACAAGCUAUUCGAGCAAGGACAUUUAGGAAAAGAUGUACAGACAAUCUUUAAGAUGUUAAACCAUAAAAAUCUCCAAAUAAUUGCUGCAACAGCAACUGUUACCAAACAAUUUGAGAAUCAGAUCAAAAAACACAUGAAAAAUCCUUUAAGAAUCAGUCCAAAGCAAGAAGCACCAAUACUUUUAGGAAUCAAGCAGUUUGCUUUGGAACUUCCAGAAGAAAAUGAUAAUAUCAAGUUAAUGAGACAUAAACUAGUGGAACUAGAGAAAAUAUUCACUAAAAUUACAUUUAAGCAGUGCCUGCUGUUCACAGAUUCUCAAUACAAGACAGAAUCUUAUGGAAAUUACCUGAAUAAGCUUGGCUGGAAAAAUGAAAUUAUUAAUGGAUCGCAAGAACAGUCACAGAGACUUAAAGUAUUGAAUAAAUUAGCCAAAUUUAAAUGCAGAAUUUUAAUUACAACAGAUUUAAUGGCAAGAGGAAUUGACAUAGAAAAUAUCAAUCUGGUCAUUAAUUUAGACCUUCCUUAUGACUGCUUUACAUACUUGCACAGAAUUGGUCGUGCUGGAAGAUUUGGAACCCAUGGAAUAGCUAUAACGAUUCUUAAUGGCGAAAAAGAUGGAACCAAGUUUAAGAAAAUGCUCGGUGAUAUUGGAAGUCAUGAUUCUAUGGUCUACAAGUUCCCUGAUGAUUCUAUGACUUUUAAUUUCUGGGAUUUUAAUGAUCAGGAACAAGUCAAGAAGCUUUCAAAAAUUGAUGCAAUUCCAGGCAGUCAAAAUGGAUAUGAAAAUGAUUCUAUUGUAGAUGAGAACUUGAUGCUCUUAGAAAUCACUAGAAAAUUAGUAGAUCAAAAGCCUGAUGAAGGUUCCAACAAUUUCGAUACCGAUGCAUUACUAAAAGAGUAUGAAAGUAGCUGUAUGAAGACUAAUGAAGACACAGACACAAAAAAUUUACUGGAUGAUUAUGAGAAAAGUACUGGAAAUACUACAAAUGGAUAUAGCAGUGAUUACGACACAAAUACAGUCAAAGAAAUAUCUAGAAACAAUAAAUUGACUUCAGAACGAAACAACAAAAAGAUGGAAACUAGCAAUCGAUCAAGCAACUCCAAUAUCGAUGAACUGCUUAAAGAAUACGAACUUUUGUCACAAAGCAACGGCAAUGCUAAUAACAACGAGGUUCAAAAUGAGUACAAAUAUCCAGAAAUCGUUGUAAAUGGAUGUAAGGAUACACAAGAUGUCAAAACUAGUCCUGAAAAAGUCACUAAAAACACGAUAGCACCUUCAAAAUCACCAAAAGACAAGCGCUGCAUAAUUUUUGUCCGAAAUCCAGAAGAUGACGAAGAUCAGCAUUCAAUGGAAAGUGACACGACUGAGACAGAGAACAAUGAAACUGAUUCUGAGUCUGUAGACACUGAGAGUGAGUCUGAGAAGGAAGUAGACGACGAGGAAUCGCAGGAUGACGAAGAUCCACAAGAAAAUUAUCGUGAAUUUGCUCAAUUGCAUCAAGAUGAUGAUGAAUAUCAAGUCUAUAACAAUUAUGUAAUGGACAAUUACCUUCAAUGGAGACGAACUUUCUAUUUCCAAAUGGCUAAUAUCCAAAACUUUGUGAAUCAUAAUCGAGAAGAUUUUGUUUAAAUUAAUAAAUUCAUGAAAAGUUUUAAUUUGAAG